AUGGGGAUUCGAUUACUAUCUUUGGUUCCUCAUGCCAAGCAAAUCUUGAAGAUGCAGCCAGGUUUUACCAAAAACCAGCUGGAUGUUCCAAAAGGCCAUGUGGCAGUUUAUGUGGGAGAGAUUCAAAGGAAGCGGUUUGUGGUUCCGAUAUUUUACUUAAACCAACCAUUGUUCCAGCAACUACUCAGGCACGCAGAGGAGGAAUUUGGCUUCCAUCAUCCACAAGGGCGCCUGACAAUUCCUUGCAAAGAAGAUGCCUUCAUCGAACUCACUUCUAGAUUGCAAGCAUUUUGA